UCCUUCAAAUCUGCGACCUCUGUCUCUGUCUCUGUCUCUCUCUCUCUCUCUCUCUCUCUCUCUCUCUCUCUCUCCAGCUUACAUUUUUCGCCAUGGAUUUCGCGUUUCGAAGAACUACCAGCAGCAAAACCAACAACAUUCCACUUCUCUUUUCUUUUGCUUGCCUUCUUCUCUCCUCCAUUUUUUCAGUCGUCACUGCCUCCAUCCACUUCUAUGACCAGCAACCAUUCAACGACGUCGGCAACUCCUUCCUUCUCUAUGGAGGCAGCGAGGGUAUCUCCGCAGCUUCAGUUAUUCCCGACGAUCCCGCCCCCGCUUCCCUCCAUGAUGGCCGUGCUUUCAUCCGAUUUGAGAAUAUUACUUUCUGGAGGACUCAGGAUGCAGCCGAUGAGCAUUCAGACAUGGAGCACAGUACUGGGUUGAUACAGGCUGUGAUCUUUGAGGUGGCUGAUCGCAAUAAUAUUGGUGGUUCUGCUUAUGGUGGUCAAAGGUCUAUAUGCUGUACCCCUGAUCUUGCUAAGCUGGAAGGUUGCAAGCAAGGUGAAGUGAUUAGGAUACCUUCUGCUACAAACAUGAACUGGCCCAUUGUCGUAAAUGUACAGUUCAGUGGCAACUACUUAUCUACAACGAUGGAUUAUACAGAGAUUCCCAUCUCAAAGACUGGCAUGUAUAAUUUGUUGUUUAUAGCCUGUGAUCCAAAACUUAAGGGACUAACAAUGAGCGGGAAGACUUUUUGGAAGAAUCCUGAUGGUUAUCUACCUGGUAGAAUGGCCCCAUUGCUGAAGUUUUAUGUGUUUAUAUCACUUGCAUAUCUGUUGCUCAGUACUGUUUGGUUCUCUCAGUAUAUGAGAUUUCAGAAGGAUGUACUGCAACUUCAGCACUGUAUCACAUCUGUCAUUACCCUUGGACUGUUUGAAAUGAUCCUUUGGUACUUUGAGUUCGUAAAUUUUAAUAGUACUGGAACAAGACCUGUUGUCAUUACAACAUGGGUUGUGACAGUUGGAGCUUUGAGGAAAACAGUUUCCCGCCUUCUUAUUCUUUGUGUUUCAAUGGGCUAUGGGGUUGUCCGACCCACUCUUGGUGGUCUUACCUCAAAGGUCGUCUUAGUUGGAGCCACUUACUUUGUGGCAUCAGAGUUACUGGAUAUUACUGAGUAUGUGGGAACCAUCAAUGACAUAUCUGGAAGAGCAAGACUCUUUCUAGUCCUUCCUGAUGCAUUCCUGGAUGCAUUUUUGAUAUUGUGGAUUUUCACCUCUCUUUCAGGGACACUGGAGCAGUUACAGGUAAAAAGGAUAUCAGUUAAAUUGGAUAUCUAUAGGAAGUUCUCAAAUGCAUUAGCUGUCACUGUGAUUGCUUCCGUUGCUUGGAUAGCUUAUGAGGUUUAUUUCAAAGCAACAGAUCCAUUCAAUGAGCGGUGGCAAAGUGCCUGGAUAAUAACAGCUUUCUGGGACAUAAUUGCGUUUAUGUUACUGUGCGUUAUUUGCUAUCUAUGGGCCCCAUCUCAAAACUCUCAGAGGUAUGCCUACUCUGGAGAAGUUGGCGAAGAAUUUGAUGAUGAAGAAGCUCAGUCUCUUACGGAUGGGAAGCCUGAAGGUGAUAUCAGUUUAGUCAAGCAACAGAAGAAUGUUGCAAAUUCUACGGAAUCCGACCAAGAAGAUGAUAAUGAAGAGGGUAAGAGGGAAUGAAAAUAAUCAUUCAGAACAUAUAUCCAUCCCUGUUAGCAAUCUGAUUCAAUAUUGCCAAACCCCUACUUAUCUAAAUCAAACAGGGGGCAACAUAACACAAGGAUGAUUAUCCGCAGAUUGAAAACCUUUUCCACUUGGGAUCCAAAGUAGGGUUUUCCUUUUCUUCUUUUUUUCUUUGUUAAAGAGGGGGUAUAUUUUUGCUAUAGAUGUAAUCAUUCAUAAUUGUGCACUAGAGGCAGAGAGGAUCUGCCAGAUUUCUUGAAUUUGUUCAGGUUCUUAAGUUUUGUUCAACUGUGUAUGUAUAACAGGGUGUGCAAUAGUGGUUAUCAAACAGAGUAAAUGAAAGGUUAAAAUGGCAGGGGUUUAGUCUCGAAUGUCAAUGCCAAGUUGAUUGGUGUACUCUUAGGAUUUUGGGGGUAAAAGUAAAAAAAAAUAUAUCUUUUCCAUUAGUAGUUGAAAUGUAACUUUGCUUUUCAGUAGUGAUACAAUUGGUCAAUUUGAUGUUGUUAUGAACUUAUUAUCGAGAAUUAGACCCA